UGCUGGUACUUCCUGUCCCACCCACAUUCUCGUGUCGCUUCCGGGUGGUGGCUACAAGCAGGGUGCCGUCGUUAUCUCAACGCUGUAAACAAAAGUUACUCAACGCUUUAACUUCAGCGACACAUCAAGUGAAAAGACAUGCAUAUCAAAACAGGUACAUGGGAAGCCAGUAACACUGUGUGUGAGCCUGAUGGUCUGUGUGACCAAGCAGUCCUUGUUUCAGCCGCCAAUUCUGAGCCACACAUUCGGAAUCGCCGCCUAUCUCCUGGCUCUGGAAACUGUGGAGGUGGUGGAGGUGGAGGCUGCAUGUCUGGAGGUGACCAGCUGCCGCGUCAGCUUUCACCUGACAGGGACCUGAUCGGCCCCAGCCAUGCCUUUAGCUUCCGCAGGGAAAAAGAACGCAAAGGCCAACAGCACAAAGGCCGCAGUCUGCGUAGGGAAAGUCAGAAGGGGGUUGGCCGAGUAAGCGAAAGGCCACACAAGGUUAAUCAAAAGGAAAGAUGGGUGGAGGACAGUUUGUCUUUACUUAAGCCCCCACCUGCCUUCCCAGUGCAAGACAGCCCUGCCAAGCUACAGCCUGCUGUUAGCUAUGCCUCCAAGGUGAAGGCGGGAGCUGCAAGUGGAGCAUUGGAGGAGGACCGGCCUGCCAUUGGCAUGCUGCUACAGAACCAGUGGGGUCUAAGUUUCAUUAGCGAGGCCAGGCCAGUCACAGAAGGCUCCAGCCCUCACUCCCCUUCCAGCACCCCACUGCCCACAGAUGCUAAACAUCCAGCAGACCUACAGCUUGACACAGUUCUCACAGUGAAGCCCCCUGAAGAAACACCUAUUCCAGUGUCUACCUCCCUCAUCCCAGUCACACGCGCUGAGGUCGAUGAGAGCAACGGAAAGCUGCUGCUCAGUUGUCGCCAUCUAGUGGAGGCUCUGAGUUAUCAUAGUAAAGAAUGGAAUACUAUCUACAACAGACAGAAAAAAGAUCCAAAAAGGGUUGUCUGGUAUAAGGACACCAAGGAGCACCCAGCCUAGCAGUGUGACAAGCCCAAAUUGUAAACACACACACCUACAUGCAUA